AUGAGCCAUCGGAUGAUGAGUCCGGUGAAGGUGGAGGGCCGCCCCUGCCCGUCCCCGGCGGCCGGCGGCGGUGGGGCGCCGAGGCCGAUGGACGGGCUGGGCGACACCGGGCCCACGCCGUUCCUCGCCAAGACCUACGACAUGGUCGAUGACCCCGCCAUGGACGCCGUCAUCUCCUGGAGCGCCACCAACAGAAGCUCGUCUGGACCCCCACCUCUUCGGCACCGUGCUAUUGCCGAGGUACUUCAAGCACAACAACUUCUUGAGCUUCGUCCGCCAGCUCAACACCUAUAUUCCCGGCGGCGGUUGUCAGCUGUAGUUCAGAAGGUGUGGCAUGGGAACAGCGACAUAUUAAUAGAUCAAGCUAGCUAUGGGGUGAUUGACAGCAGUAGUGCUUUGGGUGCUAACAGUUGGGGGUGA